AUGGCGGAGCUACAAAUGCUGCUGGAGGAGGAAAUUCCUGCGGGACGGAGAGCUUUACUGGACAGUUUUACCAAUCUGGAAAGAGUAGCGGAGUACUGCGAAAGCAACUAUGUCCAGGCAGCAGACAAGGAGCGAGCGCUGGAGGAGACGAAGAGCUACACCACCCAGUCUCUGGCCAGCGUCGCCUACCUCAUCAACACGCUGGCCAACAAUGUGCUGCAGAUGCUGGACAUCCAGGCCUCGCAGCUCUGUCGCAUGGAAAGCUCCAUCAACCACAUUUCACAGACCGUUGACAUCCACAAGGAGAAGGUGGCGAGGCGGGAGAUCGGCAUCUUGACCACCAAUAAGAACACGUCCCGCUCGCAUAAAAUAGUUGCUCCAGCCAAUCCAGAGAGACCAGUGCGCUACAUCAGGAAGCCCAUCGACUACAACGUGCUCGAUGACAUUGGACAUGGAGUCAAGGUGAAUGGCCAGCAGAACAUGAAACUAGGAGGGGGCCUAUCCCGGUCCAACCCCCCCACCCAGAAACCACCCAGCCCUCCGAGGGCAGGCAUGAGCAUCUUAGGGAAGAACUCCCCCUACAGGACACUGGAGCCAGUGCGCCCCCCAGUGGUGCCCAACGAUUAUGUCUCCAGUCCCACCAGAAACAAUAUGGCCAUCGGACAGCUUCCCAGUCCGUCCCGCACCGCCACCCUCAACUAUCGCCCCCGAACAUACAGUGGUAGCAGUGGGGGCAGCCAUCCCAGCAGCAGCAGUCGGAGCAGCAGCAGGGAAAACAGUGGCAGCGGCAGCGUUGGCAUUCCCAUCGCCGUGCCGACGCCCUCCCCGCCCUCUACCUUCCCAGGUCCCAUCGUCCCUCAGUUCUUCAGUAUGAACCGGCCUCAGCCCCGUCAGCAGGCUCAACAGGUGGGGGGGUCACUGCCAUACCGCCGCCCCCCCUCUGUGACUGGUCAGCCAAUCGUAACAGAGAACCAGGUCAACGGCGGUCCCUACUACAACCAAAGCCCAGGUAUGUCCUCCUCCCCCCCGCCCCCCUCCCUCCUCCAGUUCAGUCCUCAGCUUCCUCUGAUGGGUUUCGUUGCUCGAGUUCAGGAGUCCAUCUCAGACGUCCCUCCUCCCCCUCAUCCAGCCGCCGAGAGCCAAUCGGGGCCCGAAGAGCCCCUCCUUUCUCCUCAGCCAUUGGAGGACGGACAGGAAGAGGAGGACUCAGCGGUAGUGGAGUACUGCGACCCGUACGCUGAGGAAGACCCACCAUGGGCCCCCAGAAGCUACCAGGAGAAAGUGGUGGCCAUCUACGACUACGCUGCCGACAAGGAGGACGAGUUGUCGUUCCAGGAAGGAGCGAUCAUCUACGUCAUCAAGAAGAACGAGGACGGGUGGUAUGAAGGCGUGAUGAACACGACCACCGGCCUCUUUCCAGGAAACUAUGUGGAGUCCAUCAUGCACUACGCCGACUGAGAACAAGGAGGAGUGUUUUGGUUUCCUUGUUCAGUCUCUGGACAUGUGUUGUCUCACUCCAGUUCAGCUUCUUGGAUCUGAACUAGAAGGGAAAAGUUGACUCGGCUCCUUUUUAGUUUUUCCUUCAUACUCAAACCAAUCAAGAGCAUGUGAACAUAAAUCACAGUUUCACUAAUAUUUUAUUGUGAGUAUGAGCAUCAGUUUAGAGUUUUGUUUUGUUCUGUUUUCUGAGCUACUCUUUCGACCCAAUAGGCCUUUCAUUUAGGGGUUUCUUAAUGCUGGUUCAGUUGAUGUAUUAUUACUAAGUAUUAAUAAGGUCUAACAAUAAGGUUGUUGGUGAACUGAGAGGCUCUUCAGGCAUCUUAAUGUUGUUAUUUGGUGUGAGUUUCAUUCCAGAUGUGUUUGGUGUGAAGGAUCCAACGUUCUUUUUCUUUUGCAGAAGGUCAGAGAAGUUUCUUUUGAUCACAAGAAAUGUGUGUAUAAAUGUCCACAGCAGAAAUUGUGUUUUCUUGAAAUCACAAAAUAAUUAUCUUAAUCCUAAGGGACAAAAUGUGGAGGUGCGACAGGCACCUGUACCUGUACGGUCCAAAAUAUAGCAUGUCUGGCUACAACAUGUAGUAACUCUAUAAAUUGUGUUCAAAGGACUAAGAGACUUUUAAAGUCAGACAUUUAAACAAGUUCUUCCGGUAUCUUGAUGGAAAAAGCAGCAAAAACAUUCCUUCUCAUAACAUGGAAAUCAUUAUUUUUUUCACCUCAACUUCAGCACUUUUUUUCAAUCACGAAAUGAUCAUUUACAGGAAAACAAAUCUUGUUAUUUAACAGGCCAAGAUUAUAAUUUUUUUUUUGUGAUCAAAAGAAAACAAUAAUAAUGUCGUGUGAAGUACAUUAUGACUUCUCUGGGCUUCCGUAGUUUUUGCCCUCACCCGACCCCCAACAGAGGACAUUCACAGUCUUUCUCCUCAAGUGAAACAUUUUGAUUAUUUUUAAUAUUACCAUGUGGGAAACGAGAAGGAAUAUAUUAAAUAGGUUGGGUCUGAUUCCAGAGAAUGAAAGGAAGCUAUGCAACAAACAAAGAAACACGUUAGAGCUGUAAACUAAAAUCUGAGAUUUUCUUUCUCCUUUCUUUGUAUUUUCUUCCCCGUCUUCCUUCCUCUGAAGCCCUCUUACAGACCGGCUCAUUAUCUCCGUCUGGUUUGGUGACAAAUUCAUUGUGUUUCCUGCGACUGCUUCACAAUAAAUGUCAUGGUAGCGGUAACUUAAUCCAAAUGUAAUAUGAUUACAGGAGAGUGCAUAGCUAAUAUCAAUCAGAUCACAUUUAGACGGUUUUAGUUGUUUAUCAAACAUCUCAGAGCAGGAAAUCAUUCUGAACUGGCCAGAAAAUUAUCUCAGUGACGCAUCUUUUAUUCUACUUUUAACUAGAAGUAAACAAAUUAUAUUUUCUAAGUUUCCCCUGAGAACUUUUCCUCCUCCUUCCACUUUUUAAAGUAAACUUCUUCUUCUCUCUUCAUCUCAUCAUCUUCCCCAUGCACGUCAACCUCACCUGCUUUUGUAUUAAUAUUGUAAAAGCAUUGAGAUGCUGGUGUGUGGCUAGUGGUAACUGACCUCUACACUUACAGUGCAUAAGGGGGAUUUAUUUAUAUUUUACUUUCCCUUUGACUUUUGCCUUAACAGAUAUCUCAACAUUUUUUUCUUUCUCAAGAGCCUUACCUCCAUCUCAUCGAUGAGUUAAAAAAAAAGGGAAUUAGAAAUUAAACAAAAGCCUAACACUAAUGAAACUUCAGUCAAAAAAAGAACAAUAACACUCAAACUCAGUGAUGCUGUGUGAAUGAAGUGGAAGUCAUCCAUCCGGCUGUGACGGACAGUUUUCAGUAAGAUUUGUGCUAUAAAUCUUCAUCAUCAUCAUCAGCUUCCUUAACGUCACACAUCCGUCUCUGAUGUGAAGUCUGUAACUUGAGCCUCUGUGUAUUUAUAGAGGUGAUGAAGCAUUUUACCACCAGUAAAGAAAUUACUUUAAAUUCAUCUGGUGGUCAGUAUAGAGGAAGACAUCUAAUUUUUGAUUACAUUUUUUGCCCAACCUGGUUCUUAUUAUUGUAGUUUUCACUAUAAUUUAUAAGAACAUAACUGAAACUUGACUAACUAAACCUUUACUUUGGAAGAGAAAUUAAACAUAAGCAUAAAAACAUUAUAUUUAAAGGGAGGCAGUGGAGUUGUUGAUCAUUUAAACUCUACACUGAUGUCCCUAAAAUACUGGUAUUUAGAUAUGAUAGAUUAAUUAACUUUAAAGUAGGAGAACUUGCAUAUAAUAUAGGAAUUAUUUACGUGUAGCUAAACAAAAGAUAACCUAUUAUUACUUUCAUUUAUUUCGAUCUGAAUUACUAGGAUCAGACGAGGUUGGCGUUUUCCUCUCGGCUUCCGCUGAAGCGUUGAUCGGUUCAUACCGAACUACACCCGAACAUAUUUUAUAUGGAUUCACACGUAUUUGAAGUGUGACUUCUGAGCCUUUUCCUUCCUUGUGGUAUUGCUGCCUCAGCUUUUGGCCGAGAGGCGACGUGGAGCUGAACGAACCGCCUGGUGGAGAUUGUGGACCUGUUGCUAGUGUUGAAGUUUACAGUGUGUUUGCC